AUGAAAGCAGCGAAAACCAUCCUAGGAUUCUCCAGACGCACAAGUAAUGCAGCCGUGAGGGCAGAAUUGGGGAUCCAAUCCCUACGGUCGGGAAGAGACGCGAGGAAGCUGACAUUACAGUAUCGCAUGUGCGGGAUGGGAGAGGAGAGGUUGCCGAGAAUUGUAUGGGAGGCGAAGUGGGCAAACAAAAAGAGGGGUAGACAACCCACGGAAUGGGUCAAGGUUGUAGAGGACGUAUGGAAGGGGCUCGACAUCGACGAAGAUGAAACGCUGGAAACGGAGGGUCUACAGGGGUUCAAGGAGAAGAUAUCUGUUGCUUGUGCCGAGAGAGAAGAACAGAAUCUGAGGAAAGAAUCCAAGGAUAAGGAGGGUCUAGAAGUGUACGGAAUGUUGAAGGAAGGAAUAGGGUUCAAGGACUACCUACAUGGACCAGUGGAUGCAGGAACAAAGCUCAAGGGACUGGGGACAUAG